AGCGGAUACAUGCAUAGAAGAGCACGACCGAGCUAGGAGAAGCACGAACGCGUGCACGCGCUGACGCCGACGUCAAGGUGUACGGUAACUCGGAGCGUCAUCGGAGAGAGAGACCCGCCACCGCCACGCUUGACCGUAAUCCGUGGAGAGUGAGUGCCCGGCCGGGCUACCAGCUAAGACACGACGGUCCAUCCAGCCAUCGGUGGCCCAGCAGAUUCCACAAUGGCGGCAACGGCGGACAUGGAGCGGAUCUUCAAGCGGUUCGACACCAACGGGGACGGCAAGAUCUCGCUGUCGGAGCUGACGGAGGCUCUGCGGACUCUGGGGUCCACCUCCGCCGACGAGGUGCAGCGCAUGAUGGCCGAGAUCGACACCGACGGCGACGGCUGCAUCGACUUCAACGAGUUCAUCACCUUCAGUAACGCCAACCCGGGGCUCAUGAAGGACGUCGCAAAGGUCUUCUGAAACAUCACAUCAUCAUCAAUAGGAUACCAUCGAUGAUCAUGCCCCCAACGUGUCAUUUCAUCUGGCCUGCCUCGCCGGUCUUAUUGCUGUCGUUCACCUCCUUAUAAGUACUACUAGUAGGAUUUUGUUUUGUUUUAUUUUAUAUUUUCAUGGUCACCAAUCAAAUAUAUAUGUGGACUUCCAUUUAUUUAUUUUUUCUGUGUUUCCUCGAUCGGAUAAGUGUAUACCUGCCAGUCCAGCUUUAAUUUC